AUGAAGGUCAAGUGCUCCGGCUCUCAGCCUUGUACACGUUGCGAUCGAAAGAAGCAUAGAUGCAUCUUUGCUGUUGAGGAUAAGAGGAUAUCGGUGCCGGAAAGUUACCUCCGGGAGCUUCAGAACCGGAACAGUGAGCAUCCAGGCUCAGACCGCUCGACGAGAGCUCUGAGCCGGGGAGACGACGUCGAGGACGUGCAGAGUCGGUAUGCGGAUGCGGAUGCGUAUGCGACGCCGCAUCAUACUUCUCUUGCUCAGGCUGAAGAUAAUACCGGGCAGUUGGAGACGCCGAGCCAUGGUGAGUCGUGCUCGUCGCUUGUCGUUGAGUUUGUGCAAUCAGACAAGUCAACUCUUAUUGACGCUGUCAACUUCGUAGACAGUCCACAACCGACAGGCCCUCCGGCAUCCGAGCCGGAUACUGAAGUAGGAUAUGCCCGUUCGAGUCAGGGGGAUCACGGCGACUUUGGCCCAGGGUUUAGGCAAAACCCGCUGGUGGAUAACGACUACACCUUUGCCAAGGUCGGGGAACGAUACUGGUACAUGGGCCCAACAUCGUCAUGGUCAUUCUGCCGACGAGUCUUAGCCCUCCUGGGUAAACGCCUACCAGAGGCAGCCCCCGACCCAUGGCACCUCCCACAUGAGGGCGCGUUCAGGAUGCAAUGGACGCCAUUAGGUGCCACCGAUACACCCGACGUAUCCAACCUCCCGCCGUUAGACUACGCCCUGUUCCUCUUCAACACCGUCAAGUUCUACCUCGGCGCCGUCUUCUAUGUGAUUGACGAGCCGUCUUUUCUCAAGAACCUCCAUGAGCUGUACGAGGACCCCGCAGGCAAGGCUAGCUCGGCAAGGUUGUGGUAUGCGCAGUACCUCUUAGUUUUGGCUUUCGGCAAGGCAUUCGUUGUUAAUAGUACCUCACAUACGGCGCCACCGGGGGUACAAUACGCUGCAAGGGCCAUGUCGUUGCUGCCAGAUCUAUCAGGGCUCAACCCGGAUACGAUUCCGGCUAUCCAGGCACUUGCUCUGGCUGCAUUGUAUUUUCAGUGUUUGGAUAUGAGGUUGGCUGCGUAUCAACAUAUCGGACAAGCACUACGAAUCGGCAUCGUUGAGGGCAUCUACAGGCAUAUGCCCGAAGAAGUUGUCGGGCGUGAGUACUCGAGACGCUGCAACAUUGUCUUCUGGGUGGUGUACACCCUAGACAGGGAGUUCUCAGCCUUGAUGGGAGCGCCGACUUCAAUUCGGGACGAGGAUAUCACUGUGAAGCUUCCUUCACAGAUGGAUAACUCCCUUGACGCACUGAAUAUGACUCUCCAUGUACGGCUAUCGCGGCUCAUGGCUCGUAUUCUUACAAUCCUCCGAACCCUCCGCGUGCUAGGCGACGAAGACCUCCUCGAAGCCUUCCUCCCCUUCCAGCUCGAAGACGCCUUCUCCUCCGCAUUCCUCCUCUACCUCAUCCGGGUCAUCAGCCCCUCCCUCCUGCACGACGAUUCGUGGUGCGAGAAUAUCAAAUGUGUGCUAGACAAGAUGAUUUCAAAGGGGAGUCUUGUGGCGCCACUGAGGAAGCUGGAGCUGAGUCAGUUGGAGCACAUCAUGUCUGCGUUGACGCCUGUGGGCGAGGAGCCGCCGACGCCGCCGCCAACGAGUGCGGCGCAUCACCAUUCUCAACAUCAUCAUGGGCACGGGCACGAGCAUGGGUCAUUCUUGGACCAGAUGGAGGAGGCUGGGUGGGAUAUCUUUGAUACGAGCGGGAUGGGCGGUCUUUCUCCGCAGGCGUUACUGGAUUUAGCGGAGAGGUUGGAUGUGGAGGACUUGAUUCAAUCUGUUGAUGGGGAUGGUGACAGAAGAUAA